AGUUGUUUGAACUGUGCGCGCGCAGCCUUCCGUUAAGCGAGAGUUGAAACAUUCCGAUUCAAGAUGACGGGCCGGUCGGUGUUGUCGCUGUCCAGAGUCCUGAAGCCUUUUUGGGCCGGAUUAGUGGCCAACGGCCGCAAUACGAACGUGCUGGUGACGUCUGCCUGUGGCACGAGAGAGAGGUCCAGCUACACCCCUCCUCCUGCACAGUAUGGAGGGAGACACAUGGUGACUGUAAUCCCUGGAGAUGGGAUUGGACCAGAGCUGCUCAACCAUGUACAAGAGCUGUUCAGGUUCUGCUGUGUCCCAGUGGAUUUUGAGGUGGUGAACGUAGACUCCUCCUCGACCUCAGAGGACGACAUCAACGCUGCCGUCACCGCCAUCAGACGCAAUGGGGUGGCGCUCAAAGGGAAUAUUGAGACCAACCACAACCUUCCUCCCUCCUACAAGUCCAGGAACAACCUCCUGAGGACCUCUCUGGACCUGUAUGCUAACAUGAUGCACUGCCAGUCUCUGCCCGGAGUGCGUUCUCGACACAGGAACAUCGACAUCAUCAUCAUCAGAGAGAACACAGAGGGAGAGUACAGCAGCCUGGAGCACGAGAGUGUUCCUGGGGUGGUGGAGUGUCUGAAGAUCAUCACCAGGACCAGGUCUCUGAGGAUUGCUGACUACGCCUUCCGCCUGGCGCGGGAGAAAGGUCGCCACAGGGUCACAGCCGUGCACAAGGCCAACAUCAUGAAGUUGGGGGACGGUCUCUUCCUGCAGUGUUGCAAGGAGGUUGCCGCCGGUUACCCUGACAUCACCUUUGACAGUAUGAUCGUCGACAACACCACCAUGCAGAUGGUGUCCAAGCCCCAGCAGUUUGACGUCAUGGUGAUGCCUAAUCUCUAUGGCAACGUGGUGAGCAACGUGUGUGCGGGGCUGGUGGGGGGGCCGGGCCUCGUCCCAGGGGCCAACUACGGAGAAAACUACGCUGUGUUUGAGACGGGCACAAGAAACACAGGUAAGAGCAUAGCGAAGCGUAACUUGGCCAACCCCACAGCCAUGCUGCUGGCCUCCUGCCUGCUCCUGGACCACCUGCGGCUGCACGCCUACGCCUCCAUGAUCCGCAGGGCUGUCAUCUCCACCCUGACGGAGACCCGGCUCCACACUGCUGAUCUGGGUGGACAGGGCUCCACCUCUGAUGUGCUCCAGUCCAUCAUGACAGAGAUCCAGAGCACUGGGCCGCUCACACAGAGCAUCUAACACACACUCUCACACUCUCACACUCUCACACACUCUCACACACACACACACACACACACACACACACAAACACACAGAGCAUCUCACACACACUCUCACACACUCACACAGAGCAUCUAACACACACACACUCUCACACACACUCACACAGAGCAUCUAACACACACACACACGCACUUACACAAACACACACACUCACACACACGUGCGCACACAUCAUACAUGUGUAUGUCAAGAUGUUCUACUUCUGAUUGUAUCCAUGACUAUGCAAUGUAUAGUUUCACACAAUGUAUUAAUACUCUCUUCAUACUUAUGUCUGUACUGAUGUAUGAGAUUGAUUAUUCUAAUACGGUUUGAUAGAGAGAAAACUAAUAAAUAAAUUCUAUGAACCAUUCCA